AUGGCGUUCCCAAAGACACUCAAAAAAGCCCUCCUGGUCGCAAGAGCCUUCGGCAUCGUCGCAUCCUUCAUCUCCGGCCUCCUCACCCGUUCUGUAUCCCUACGCCUCAAGCGCGUGUCUCACCACCUCUCCCCCUCGUCCUCAUCCUCGCCCAAGCCCGACCCCAGAUCCCGCAACAUAGUCGUCAUCGGUGCCUCCAUGGCGGGCCACCACGCCGCCCACACCAUCGCCACGUCCCUGCCGCCCGACUCCCCCUACCGCGUCGUGGUCGUCGAGCCUCACGGUACGUACAGAAACAUACCAUCCCAAGACCCUGAGCCUUGGUUUCGAAAACAAGGUCCGUUAUCCGGGUUCGGGAUGUUAACGCACGCAGAGUAUUUCCAGUUCACGUGGGUACUGCCGCGCUUCAGCGUCGUCGGCGGCCACGAGCACAAGGCCUUCAUUCCCUACGGACCCUACCUGUCCGGGGCACCCGACGGGGCGGUGCGAUGGGUCCGUGACCGCGUGGUGCGCGUCACGCGGGAUAGUGUACAACUAAACAGCAGCGGCGAGGAGAUCGCCUACGCGUACCUGGUCGUCGCGACGGGUGCGGGCGCUACGGAUGCGCUGCCCAGCCGCGUGGGCGUCGACGGCAGGGCCGAGGGCAUCGAGGCCUUGAGGCAAAUGCAGGGGCGGAUCCGCGAUGCCCGGAAUCUGGUCGUGAUGGGAGGUGGUGCGGCGGGUGUAGAGCUGGCCGCUGAUGCCAAGGCGAAAUACCCGGAGAAGACGGUCACGCUGGUUCAUUCGAGGGACAGGGUCAUGCAUCGCUUCGGACGGGAACUGCAGGAUGCUGCGAUGGAGGGGCUCUUGGGGUUGGGCGUUGAGGUCGUUACUGGAGAUAGGGUGGUAAACUGCGCAGGCCAGAGGCCCAACUCUCAGCUGAUCGCCGAGCUGAGCCCGGAAUCUAUAGCCAGGACAGGCCAUGUCCUCGUCAAGUCCACCUUGCAGAUCCAGGACGAAUCGCUACCUAACAUAUAUGUAUGCGGUGACGUGGCCGAGACGCAAACAGCGAACCCAAACUCCAGGUCUGCGAUGCAUCAGGCUAUGGUCGUUGCGGACAACAUACUCCUUGCUCUGGAAGGCCGAGAUCCGACGUACCAGUAUAAGCCGCUGUGGGUGGAAGGACUUAUCAAGCUUACUCUGGGACUGGAUAAGAGCGUCACGCAUCUGGGAGAUGGGAGUACAGAGUUGCUGUUUCGGACCAAGGAGAAGGACUUGGCUCUCAUGUCGGCGCAGGCGUGGAAACAGCUCGGGGCCAGACCUUUCGAGGACGACUAUGAUACCCUACACAAGAUGUUGGCUGUACCAUAG